AUGCCCACGUUCUCCUCUAACGAAUGCCCACGUUCUCCUCUAACGGUGAGGUGCAUUGUUCCUCAAGGAAUCCUCAGUGUUCCUCUACGUGGUGCCGAAACGCGGUACACGGAGAGCGACGGGGACGAGCUGGAGAACACCGGCCGCAGCAAGAAAACACGGCCCGCAUUCUGGUCCAACUCUUCCUCAAGAAACCUCCGAGCGGCCAAGGACAUGCAGAACUACAGACACGGAUAUCCAAACAUCAGUGAAGAGGAAUGUCCAGAAGAAAGAAUGACUAAUUUAAAAUUCUAUCUCAAUGAAAUAAAAUCAUCACCUGAUGAUGUGUCGAUUGAGAUGUUUCACACCGAGUGGAAAACCGAUUACAAGAGGCUGGAGAGAGUUCACUCCUACAUUCAGUGGUUUUUUCCUCUGCGAGAGCCAGGGGUCAACUACAUGGCUGCAGAGCUCACCACAAAGGAAAUCCAAGCCUUCAGGGAGAGCGAUGAAGCUAAGAGUCGUCUUCUGGAUUCCUAUGAGCUCAUGCUGGGUUUCUACAGCAUACAGCUGCUCAGCAGGGAAAGGGGGAAGGUGAAGCGCGCCGAGAACUGGAGGGAGCGAUUCGCCAAUCUAGAGAGAAACAUGCACAAUAAUCUCCGAAUCACAAGGAUACUCAAGAGCCUGGGAGAGCUCGGUUUUGAGCAUUUCCAAGCCCCCCUGGUGCGCUUCUUCCUGGAGGAGACCCUCGUCAGAAAGACCCUCAGCAGCGUUAAACGCAGCGUGCUCGACUACUUCCUGUUUGCUGUGCGGGACAAGCGUGAGCGCAGGAAGCUGGUGCGCUACGCCUUUCAGCACUUUGAGCCCAAAGACAAGUUUGUGUGGUGCCCCAGAAAAAUCCAGAAACGCUUCAAGAAGUAGUCGGAGAAGCGGCAGAACUCUUCAGCUGGCAGUGAAGAGAGCGCAUCGCAGAACGAAGAUCAUUCACGAUACAAAAACAAGGACAGAGAAGCCACAAUUGAGCUAAAACAUGGCAAACCAUUUGUUGAUCUUAUAGAUGCAAAGAAGGAAGUCGACAAUGACUCC